AUGGGCUUUGACUAUCUUGAAACUGGUGAGGAUUCGGCUUCAGGUGAACAUAAGCUUGGACCAAAUGAUGGGAGAAGAUCUUAUACAUUAUUUCAAGGUCAUUCUGGACCUGUUUACUCGGCCGAUUUUAGUCCAUUUGGGGAUUUUCUUCUGUCCUCUUCAUCAGAUUCAACAAGUAUGUUUUCCUCAGCUGUCAUGUAG